AUGAGUAAGAUAUUUCUGUUUUGCAGGAGAGGGUCUUGAUUCCCUGUCUGUGGCCCAUGUUACUGGUGACAGUGUGGAGGUUUUACCACCACUGAGGGUGACUGACACGCACGUAGUGGUGAACAUCACAGACCUCUCCUUUUGGGGCCUCGUCAGAAUGUUUAUACCCUUCCUCUCGAUCAAGGGACAGGUGUUGCCUUUCCUCCAAUCAUUCGGUCACCCUCAGUCAGUUCUGAAUGUGAUCGUCCUGCCAUCGAAUGUGCCCCUCAAUGAGGUACAGACCAAAUCCAUGCACUAACCUAAACAUGUCUUGUCAUUUAUUUUAGAACUGUUGUGCUUACCUAGAAAAGUCGUCAAAAAUAACAAAAUAAUAAACGUUUUUAUUUAUUUAUUUACUAUAAUUUUUUGUACGUGGCCUUCCUUUAGGCAGGAAAAGUCCUCACUUCUUAUUGCGUCCCACCUGGUGUAACUUCAUUCAACUUCGUUUUAAUAAUAUACUUUUAUUCACAAUUUAUUUAACAUUCAGGUAUUGUACAUUUGUCCCCUUUUAGGUCUUUGUGUCCUCAUUGGUAAUCAUCUCUUAUUCUGUUGUAGGUGGAAGAGAAACAGAGAGCAAGCACUUACAUACCGGUCUGUUCGGACUGCACUCUCACUCGAGGAGAAACAUACAAUCUGUCCUGUGAUCUGAGGAAGAUACAGGACAUCUACCCUAAAGCUAAG